UAACUAACUUUAUUUACUUUAAUUAUAAUAUGGUUUAAUGUAAAUCAAUCUACUAUAACUGAAUCUAACUAAUUAAUUCUACUAGAUCAGACCAGAAAUCAAACUGAUCUCUUGGAUCUCAAGAGAUACAGUCUUCUGAACCUCUUAUGCAUGCAUUUAUUCAUACACAUUCAUACGUACUACUUUUGGUGGAAGGCCACCGUGUGGUGUCUCGCUGUCCGAGCCCAAGAUCGAGAGCCUUGUUUUUACGCACAAAGAAAUUAUGCACACCUUAUCCUUAUUUUAUUUGGGAAUGAGAUCCUCUCAAGGGACCCGAUUUAUUGCGGGGAGUGAGAAUUCUUGAAAAAGUCUCACUCGGCUAAGGUAGCAAUAAACAAAUGGCCCAUGUCUACAUUCUUUGUGGCCCAUAUGUUUAUGUAAGUGUACAAGCUAGAAAGCUUUCCUCGAAUUGUUUAGGAUAUAUCUUAUUUAUGCGUUAAUGACAGACUGAGAAUUUAAAAAACAUUGAAUUCUGAUUUAGGAAGACAAAUCGUGAUCCCAUUUUAAUCCUUCAUUUGAACUUGCCGCUCAAUCCUAAUGAGAUUAUUUGUCACUAGGCCGCAACAUACACUGUAUCCUCUAGUGCAGGUUCUUGAGACAUUUUAGUCCUAACCUACAAAAUUUCAACUUCUUAAAAACAAUAUUACUCUUAACAUUAUUACUUCAUGUAUUAUUACUCCAUACACAUGUGAAACGAAUUGAGUUAAGAGUAAGUGAAUUAAAACUGUAAACUCGUAACAAAUAGACAAUAUGGAUACUGUUAAUCAAUUGCAAGCAUUUGCUAAUACAUGUUGGAAGGAUAUAUUUUUCCAAAUACGAGAUGCUGCAGUUUACAUUGAUCAUUCUGCAGCAGAAUGUCUUCAUUGGUAUCAAGGAGAUAAAGGUUUUUUAUUGUUGAAAGAAGCUGGAGCAGUUUCUGUGCAUGAGUUGGCAAUGUACAACUUCCAUUAUACUACAGUAACAGAUAGUAGCAAGGCUGUGCUAAUUUAUACAUCAACAGAUCCACUAUUUUAUCAACGAACACUUAAGUUGAUCAUAGAAAAAAACACAUUCAAUUGUUGCGUAGUUGUAUGUGCAGUGCAUAGUAGUAUAUUAAACUAUACAUCAUUAUCAGAAAUAGGAGAAGAUGACAGUUAUGAUAAAUUAAAAAAAGAUAUUUUGAGUUGGAUGAACUUCAGAAAUCCAUUACAGGACUGCCAUGUAGAUAUAAUGUUCAGACCAAUUUUUACUGCAAGUAUAAAUAAAAAUGUAUUCAUUACACCACCAUUUGGGGAUCUGAUGCCUCCAGUGGAUGUAUCGAUGAUAAAAAACUUUGAAGUUGAAGUGGAUUUUUUAGUUAGUUCAUUCCAUAGUCUAUGUACAUGUUUGAAUGUGAAAGAUGAUAUUUUCGCUAUAGGAAAACUCAGUGAAUAUGCUGCAGAAAAAUUGGAAAAAUUACCAUCAGCCAUUGACAGAAGAAAAAAUCUUGUAGGCCAGAAUGGAGUAAGCAUUAUUCUAGUAGAUCGUACAUUAGAUUUAUGUACGGCAACAAGUUAUAAUACAGAAUCCUUAUUAGGACGGAUAUUAAGUACUUUGCCACAUUUACCACAUCAUCGCAAUGAUGUUGCAGUGAAUAUGUCACAAAUAUGUCCAGAAAUGGAGGAAAGUUCAUCUUUGGAAAGUAUCCCUGGAUGUUUAGCAAGUGCGGACACUCAUAUGAUGGAGAUAUUAAUAGCUAAGAAGCAAAAAGACGUUUUACUGUCACUAAAUAAACUACUUACUGAAAUGGCAAUGGUUAAAGAAAGUCCAAAAACUAGACUAGCCACGAGGGUGUCUGUACAUAGUUUGGAAAAGCUCCUACAUAAAUUUCGCAAUAUUGAGAAUAUCGAAAUAUUAGAAAAGUCAAGUAAACAUCUUCAGCAAAUAAUAGCUGUAAUUCAAGCAUUAAAAUCGAAUAAAACAGCUCAACUCGAAUUACUUAUUAGUCUCGAAAAACUAAUAUUGCAAAACUUGGCAGCUAGCCGUGAUUCAUCGAGCAUACUUGCACAGUUAAGUAAUAUCAUAAAGACUCGUUCCACCAGAGGACUAGAUAUGGAGCAUUUGCUCGUAUUGUUAACACAUAUUUACGCUCUUGCUGGAACAGAAGUUCGUUUUGCGACACAGCAAGAAAAACAAUUAGAGCAUACGUUGGCCGAUGCAUUUUUUGAAGAUAUAAAAAAAUAUGAUGAAAUUUUAAACGGAGAUCAAAUGUCGAUAUAUCAUCAAACUUUACUUUUAAUGGGCGCUACUGAUGGCGAAAAAGCACAAAAAUCUACACAAAAAAUGGCUGAAUAUAUUCUUCAUUUACUGCGCGGCAUAGGGAACCAGCGGCAAUCUCUUGCGAAUUAUGAGUCAUUGAUGAUCAAACCCAGCCCUCAAGAACUGGCACAAUCUAGAGGAAUCAUAGAACGUCUCACCACCGAUUUACUUGAUCCGGCUAAAGAAGAAAUUCAAGAUAUACAAGGAAAAACAACCUCUCUCAUAUCGGCAGGCUUUAAUUUACUCCUCAAAGGAAGAACGAAACUACAUCCUUCUGAUAAUCCCUGGAUAAUAAUUUAUGUGCUGGGCGGUAUAACAGCGGAAGAAGCUCGACUUGUUGAAUCUAUUGUUUCUUUGCACGGACCUCGUUCUCCUAGAAUAACAUUGGCAGGAUCUAGACUUUUGAGUCCUUUAGACGUUAUGAACAAAGUAUUGCUUUCAAAUGUGGAUAUUUUUCAAAACUAGUUUAAUUUUCUUUAUCCUCAUUGAUCACCUUAGACUCUUUUAACCAUGUUAAACCACAUUCAGUUAUUAAGUAAUUAAUAUCAGUUUUAUUUGUGGCAGUUCUGAUUGUACACAGGUGGUUCUCCGAUUUUUCGUCUCUAUGGACAUUGAUUUUGUAAUUUAUAUUUUUCAUAGUUAAUUUCAAUCCCUUCUCACUAGGAUCCUGUACUUUGGAUACAAAGUUGCUAGGUCUUGUAUAUAUUACAGCAAUAUUAAACUGAGUAACACUUUUAUGUAAAAGUUCUAAUAAAUUGGUUAUGUACAAA